UUCAAUUUGUUUCCUUUCCCUUGCUUAAAGGUAGGGUUCAUUUUCAGGAAUCAGGCUUGGACCCCACCUGUAACAAUCCGCUGCAAAACUAAUCUGUCAGUUGUCAUCUCAUUUUAUUGGCAUGGUAGUGGAAAAUGUUUAAACAAGAUUUUCAUGGUCUCCUCCUUUGUUUUAUUACGUUCUUCUUGCUGAACCUAAUAGUCCGUCCAAUUUUCUUCUCUUUGUUUACAAACAGGUAAUUGGUGUUUCCAUAUCAAUCAGUAUCAAAGAGCUAUAGCUUCACAGCUUUCAUUGCAAAGAUGGUGGCUACAGAGUCUGAGGUUGAGUCACCCUCGCAGGUGGUGGAUCAGCAGGAGAAGAGCCACCAUUUCUUUGCCCUUGGAAGACAAUCCUCAAUCUAUUCUCUCACUCUUGAUGAGUUCCAGAACACUCUAUGUGAGGGUAGGAAGAACUUCGGGUCCAUGAACAUGGACGAAUUCCUCACCAACAUCUGGAACGCUGAGGAAAACCAAGCUAUCAACUCCAACAAUAACAAUCAUCAGAACGACUGUGCAAAUAAACAAGUUAGCAGCCAUGUUCAUUUGUCUUUGAAUGAAGCAGCAAGCAGUAAAGGCAUAGCAAAGCAGCCUAGCCUCCCGAGGCAAGGCUCGCUUACACUUCCUCCACCGUUGUGUAGGAAGACUGUUGAUGAAGUUUGGUCUGAGAUACGUGGAGGGCAGCAAGGACAAGGACAGAAUAAUAAUAGCAAUGUACAGAGUGCUGAGAACUCCACUCGGCAGCCAACUUUUGGGGAGAUGACCUUGGAGGAUUUCUUGAUUAAGGCAGGGGUAGUCAGGGAACAUUGCGUGCCAACAGCAGUACCGCCUCCGCAGCAUCAGCCACGAUAUGGGUUGUAUCAGAAUAGUAAUAACCCUGCGGUGGGUCGAGGUUUUGGUUCCAGGCCUAUUAUGGGAAUGGGUAGCAGUGGUGCUUUUGGUGGGAGUCCAUACCAGACAAUGCAUCCUGGUGGAGUCUUUGGUGAGUCAUCAGGGUAUGUUAAUGAUGUUAAGAGAGGUGGUGGCUACCAGCCAGCUGCCCCGCCACCUACAGCAGUUUGUUAUAAUGGGAAGAUAGCUGCUGCUGCUGGUGGCUAUGGACCUGGACAGCCAAUGGGAGUAGUGUCACCAAUGAGUCCUGUAUCAUCAAAAGGAAUGUGUACCAAUCAAGUCGAUAAUAAAGCUACUCAAUUUGGGAUGGAGAUGGGUGGACUCCGAGGAAGGAAAAGGAUCAUUGAUGGUCCGAUGGAGAAGGUCGUUGAGAGAAGGCAACGAAGGAUGAUUAAGAAUAGGGAGUCAGCUGCAAGGUCUAGAGCUAGAAAACAGGCAUAUACAGUUGAGCUAGAAGCAGAAUUGAACCAAUUGAAACAAGAGAAUGCCCACCUUAAGCAGGCUCUGGCAGAACUCGAGAGAAAAAGAAAGCAACAAUACUUUGAGGAAUGGAAGAUGAGAACUCAAACCAAAGCCCAGAAAGCUAAGGAGAAACCAAGAAUAAUGAGACGAAACCUGAGUUGUCCACUGUGAAUCACAUGAAGAUGAGCAAGGUAAUUAGUUGAGUUGUUUCUCUUAUUUCCUGAUCAUCUCGUACCACUUGCAUUUAUGAUACAAAUUAAAUGAAAAAUCCAUGGAAUUUUCAGGCAUUGGUGAUGGAAGCUCUCUACUACCAAUGACCUAAAAGCAAGCGAGGAGAAGAGUUUGGGAUGGAGAAAUUUUGAUUACCACAAUCUGAAGCACAUCAACCUUAAAAUAUGGCAGAAAGAUCAGUGGAUUUCUACCAAAAAAACAAAAAGACAAAUCAGUGAUAUUCUAAUACAAGAAGACUUUUGGAAAUAUGAUUUUUAUAAAUAAUCAAAUUCUGAAGCCUGAAUUAAAUAUGGUCUUAUGUUUAACAGGUCUGCAUCCAAUCAGACAUAAGGUAUGCCAUUUUUUUGGUAUUAUCUCAGCCUUAAAUUUGGCCCAAAGUUUUCCAAGGGCGAUAAAAUUCUUUCCUCAAUAAAUGUUGAUUUCCAUAUUCAGUUUUUGAGAUUGAAACUAUACAGAAUUUUCAUAAUUCAACACCCUUGAGAUCAGAAAAUAGGCUUUGGCACUUGGGAUUCAAAAAAAGAAAAAAAGAACAGAUAAACGGUUUGUUCAUAACCAUUGUCUUAUCAAGAGUUUAAUUUGUGAAAAUUUUAAAGGAAAAAAUAUUGAAAGCAACAUGAAGAUAAAAGUAUGAUGAAUUCCCAUUCUCCUCAUCAAUUAACAGAUAGUGUGAUUUUGCUAUUUUGAGAAGGGCAUUUAACAGUUAUGGUCUACUUUACUCAAUAAUCACUUUAAUUUCAGGAGCAUGAGUAAAGCAGACAAUCAGCGCAUACUUGGCAAUAAACAGCU